AUAUACAUGCAUGUGUUUCCUAUUUCCAUCUCCAUUUUGCUUUGAACGAUUAAGUAAUCAAGCUAACAUAAAAGAUGGCCAAAACCCUAUUCUUAAUCCUCCCUCAUAUCCUUUAUCUAAUAACCAUUGAUGUUUCCUUUUGUACCCUAACAGCAUCAUCCCCUCCCCCUUACAAAGCCCUAGUUUCCCCCAUAACCAAAGAUCCCACCACCUCCCUCUACACCAUUCCCAUCGACAACCGGCGCCCGUCGGUCGUCGACCUCGCCGGCCCCCUCAUCUGGUCUCUCUGCGCCCCCGACCACCCGACCGUCGCCUGCGGAUCCAAGACCUGCGCAGCUGCUGCCGAAUUCCGCCCUCCCAAUUGCAGUAGCAACACUUCUCGCCCUCCAUCUGAUCUCUACAAACCGCACUGCAACUGCACCGCAUACCCGGUAAACCCCGUGACGCGUCUCUGCGCCCCUGCUGACCUAACCCUAACCACUGUCACCGCAAACGCCACCGAUGGUAAAAACCCGAAGUAUUCGAUCGCCUUCUCCGACUUCGUCUCCUCGUGCUCGAUCAAAAGCCUACUGCAAUCCCUACCGGCCUCAGCCUCCGGAGUAGUCGGCCUUGGCAGGUCGGAACUGUCGCUACCGCAACAGCUAUCGACCGAGGCCAAGUACGCAAACAAAUUCGCGCUCUGCCUCCCGGGCGGAGGAAUCGGCGUGGCCUUCUUCGGGAGUGGCCCUUUCUACCUGCUCCCGCCCAUACUGCCAGCGAUCAGUGACAAUUUACAAUACACUCCCUUGAUAAAGAACCCUACGAACCCCGGAUACUACAUCGACGUCGAGCACAUCGCGAUUGCCCUGAAACAAGUCCCGUUCCCGCCCGACGCACUUGCACUCGAUAAGCGCGGGAACGGCGGUGUGGCGCUGAGCACCGUGAAGCCGUACACGGCGCUUCGGAGUGACAUAUACGAGCCGUUCCUGAAAGCGUACGGCGCGGCCACGACGGGCAUCCAGCGGAUGCCGGCGACGGAGCCGUUCGAUCUCUGCUUCAACAGCAGCGCGCUGGCGUCGACGAGGCUCGGAUACGGCGUGCCGGAGAUCGACGUGAUGCUGAAGGGGGGGAAGAAUUGGACGGUUUUCGGGGCGAAUUCGAUGCAGCAGGUCGGCGCGGAGACGGCGUGCUUGGCGUUCGUCGACGGAGGGGCGGCGGCGGCGGCGGCGGUGGUGAUCGGAGGGUUUCAGAUGGAGGACAAUUUCUUGCUGUUCGACGCUGAGAAUUCGAAGUUGGGAUACAGCUCGCUCUUGUUUGGGAGGAUGACUACGUGUGCCAACUUCAACUUCACUUAUGGGGUUUGAUUAAUAAGUAUUUAAUUAAGUGCAUGGGUGAUCACGAGCUCACGUGCUUUUGAAAGUAUAUCACUAUUUGUGUUUGUGAUUUUUAACCAUGAAAUCGUCUCAAAUCGUAUAGUAUUAUUAACGUACGGUGUGUGUUUCAUUGAGUCUCUUUUAAAAGUGCUAUAUGAAUUUUGAGACGAUUCGACAAUUAAAAAAUUACUAGCACAAAUGCUCCUAUACUUUUGAAAGCACAGAAGCGCAAUUCACUAUGGUUUGUAUAUUUUAAUUUUGUUAGUUGGUGUUGUUUGGUAAUAAUUGGAGAUGCAUGUUUGUAUCAUGUAUGCAGUUAUAAGUAAUUAAUAAUUGAAAUUUUGCAGUUAUAAGUAA